UUAUGCAGGUAGGGGAAGGACAGUGUAUUGGUUGCUGAUGACUGCUGAAGGAGUGGUAUAGCAGUGAAUCACAAGAACUCGACAGUGACAAGAACAUAAGGAACAAUUGAUUCCGAGUCUCCAGAGAUGAACCCCCAGUAGUAGUAGGAGGUAGUAGGAUUACCUGAGCCUCCGAUGAGACUACCGUGUAACGUACAGUAAGGCUAUCUACAAUUCCUCUGAGAGGACCACAGCUUCCACAUUUCACUGCCUGGGUGGGCCUUCGUACACAUACCAAUGGAAAAUGACCAGCAGACUGAUGCUCCACCGCCCUACAACUGUGUGCCCACCUCGCUCCCCCCACGGUAUGUGGAAGUGGUAGAUACCAGAGGCCUUCCUGACCCUACCUUGCCACCCUACCAGCCGUACUACAUCCCCCAGCCUCUCCCUCAGGUCAACGUCAUCCACGUCAACCAACAAAAUAGCCCCCCUCGUCGCACGAAGGGCGUCUCCUGUCCGCGCAGCUCCCGGUGUUUCGGAGGUUCUGGAGGAACCACCCUGCUGUUGGCCAUCAUCGCCAUCGCAAUAUGGCUAGGGGUGCGUUACGGGUCCUCCCUGGCGUCGGGCUACCUGAGCAACAGCUCGUCUUACCGCCCCAGCGAGGUGGAGAGGGACACGUGCCCUGCCACCGUGGUGACGUGUGACGGGCUGAAGAACUGCAAACUAGGAAGCGACGAGACCAACUGUGUUAGGUUCGCGGCCAACGGGGCUCUGCAGGUGAAGACCGCCAAGUCCGGAAGAUUCCUCCCUGUGUGUAGUAGCGGCUGGACCAAGACACUGUCUGACCAAACCUGCGCCCAGCUGGGCUUCAGAGGGAGCUACAGAGACAGCAGUAUGACCAACACGUUCUCCUCCGCCCUCACCAUAUCACCCAGCACCACGUCAAACUCCAUCCAGGGAAAAGUGACGGGCACCUCGUCGUGCCCUAACCAGAAAGUCGUCUCUCUGCAGUGUGUCAACUGUGGACAGCCGGCGUACAAUAACAGAAUCAUAGGGGGAGCUCAGUCCACGCUGGGUCAGUGGCCCUGGCAGGUCAGCCUCCAUUUCCGGGGUUACCACACCUGCGGAGCCUCCCUGGUGGCCCCUGACUUUGUGGUGACGGCGGCACACUGUUUUAACAGGAAAGACUCGUCCUACUUGGUGCCGGCUAACUGGAAAGUGUACGUGGGCAUGGUGUCCCAGAGCACGCUGCCUUCCCCCUACCUGGUGGAGAAGAUCAUCCUGCACGAGAGCUACAACUCCGACACCAACGACUACGACAUCGCCCUGAUGAAGCUCAUUCAGCCCGUGGUGACAUCCAAUUCAAUCCAGCCAGCGUGCCUGCCAGUCAGUGACAAGGUCUUCUCUCCUGGUACAACCUGCUGGACCACGGGAUACGGCACCACCGCGGAGGAGGGAGGCCGAGGCUCCGACAACCUGAUGGAGGUGUCGGUGGACAUCAUUGACUCGGCUGUCUGUACCCAAAACACGGUGUAUGGAAGCAGAGUCACUGACAACAUGCUGUGUGCCGGAGAUUUGGAAGGCGGCAAGGAUUCCUGCCAGGGUGACAGUGGGGGUCCUCUGGUGUGUAAGGACGUGGACAAGCGCUGGUACCUGACGGGAGUGACCAGCUGGGGGGCGGGCUGCGGGCGGAGGAACCGCCCGGGGGUGUACAGCCGGGUCAGUCGCCUCCUGCCCUGGAUCUACAGCAAGAUGCAGCAAUCGAAACCUUGACGCGAGCCCAGACGCUGUCACAGACGCGGCCUUGUCUCGCCUGGACAAGAUACAAGCGGAGAAACUCCUUCUCGACGUCCAGUCUUGAGCCUGGUGUGACCAGGGAGAUUUCAAAUAAGGGUUUGACCCUCAUAUGUGACAUCAACUAAAGACACUUGAACAAACCUCAAAACAUACAGCUGUUGAAAUCAACUAUUACAAGUCAAAUUCUUCUAUUUAUUGUGUUGGUAGUAAUUGCUGACGUGUAACAGUUGACACUCAAGAAUGAUUCCUUAAGAUAACCUCAGCUUGACUUUUCCACAUUCUGUUGUUCCACAACAAUUUUCUUGUAAUAUGUAGAUGUGAAGGAUGAGAGAAGGAUUGGUGUAUUUUGCAUCUUUUCUGAUAACUCAGAUUACAUGAUGGCACUGAUCAUUGGUAGAUGUCGUUCCUAUGUUCACUUUCAAACUCCAGUGUGACAUGCAUUCAUGAAUAAACCUUUGAUUGAUUUCCUUCAAAUUC